AUGUCGGAAUGCUUAUUACCACAGGGAUUACAAUCUUCCGAAAAUACAAAACAAGUUACAUAUCUUGACAGCUCAACUGAACACAAAAUUUAUAUCGAGACUGGCUUAAUCAAUGCAUUAAACGAAUUAAAAACUGAUAGAUUCUCUGAAGGUUUCCAAAUACCAAUUUAUUUAUUAGCAUCUGUAGAUGCCAAUAUCAAUGGUGAAUUUGAGAAACGGUUAAAAGAGGCAACUGAAAAUAAUUGUGAGAAACGCAUUGCACUUAUUCCGUAUCAUGCAGAAAAUUCUCAUUGGAUUGGAAUAUUACUUGGAUUUAAAGAGUCACAAAACAUUCGACUUGCCGAAUACAUUGAUCCAGUAUCGAAUUCACAAUUUGUUUCUGAUAAAAUACAAAAAGAAUUCAAUAGAUAUUAUUCUGAUCACAAUGUAAUUUUAUCUUCGAAAAAGUUAGAAACACACGAUAAUCCAACGAAAAGUGCACAGUUGACCAUUCGAAACUUAAUAAAACGUGCCGAAGAAUUACAAUCUAUAGAAUCCAAUGAUUCAAAUAGUUUAUUUGACGAUUCGAAGUCACGAGAAGUUAUACCAACUGCUUAUGAAUCACGUGGUGCACAAAGUAAAGUUUCGAAUUUAGACUCUCCACGACGACCGUCAACGACUGAUAGUGACUUAGAUAAUAUUAAAAGUACAGAUGAAACCAAUUUUUCAUUCUUAAUGUUAUCAACAGAACAACAAAUAGAAGAAUAUCAAGUAUCAGAAACUAGAGACUUUUCUUCUUCCACUUCAGAUGAUGAGACUGAGUAUUCUAAUAGUAUAGUGCAGGAAGAAGAUUUUACAAAUGAAGAGAGUACAGAAAGCUUAGACAAUUAUUUUCUUUAUAUGCCAGAAUGUUCAGAGAAAUCCAUGGCAAAACUAAUGCAUCUUUGCACUCAAUUGUUAAUGAAUGAAGCCGUAAUUCUCGAAGAUAAUAUAGUAAUAGCAAACAGUAGAGAAAGAGAAAUGAAAAAAGAACUUGAAUGUUUGAAACAACGAUUGAAAAUUGAGGAAUUAGAAUCUCCGCUGAUUAAACGAUCAAUAGACAAAAUUGGAGUAGAUAUGAAAGUUAAUAAUUGGAAAUCUAUUUAUACGCAGUUAGAAAAAAUAUCAAAAUUGAUCAGUCCAUUAAAUAUACAGCAGUUAUUUAGACUUAUAGACAAAGUUAACGAUGCUGCAAAACUAGUGAAGGGAGAACAUAUUAUUCUGCUGCUUGGAAACACUGGCAGUGGAAAAUCAACCACAAUUCAUUUUGUUGGAGGCUCGAAAUUUGAGCAAAGAAAAGUGAAUGGAGUGAGUCAUCUUUAUCCAAUCAAUAUCAAAAAUCCAGAUUUAAGAAAAAUUACUACUUCACCGUCUGCUCAAUCAGAAACUCAAUAUAUUACGCCUGUUAGAAUCGUCUAUAAAGAUGUAGGAGUCGAAAUCAAUGGCAGCAUUUUAGUGUGUGAUAGUCCGGGUUUUAAGGAUAAUAGAGGACCUGAAAUAGAUAUUGCCAAUGGAAUCGGUAUUAUUAAAGCUAUUAAACGAUGCACAAGUGUCAAAAUUGUUAUUUUAAUUAGUUAUAUGAGUUUGGGUGACAGAUUCGAUGGUGUGAAAGAUUUAGCUCGGCUGUUAUCAGGAAUGAUGCGAGAUGUUAAAGACAAUUUAGAUAGAUUUACUUAUAUUUUCACAAAAUAUCCAACUGAAAAACGUGAUGAAAUUCAUUCAUUACUAAUCAACGCAUACAAUACAUUAAGUGAAAAUGACAAGAGAAAUACUAUUUUUGUUGAUUUACUUCAAGAUAUGAUCGACAAAACACGAGAUAAAACAUUGACUUUAGAUCCACUAGAGGAUAAUCCUCGAGUUAUUCUCCGUACACUUGAUAAAGUACGAGCUAUUACGCAUCCGAAAGAAGUUUUUAUAUAUUCUGUAGCAGAUGAAUCAAAUAAUACUUUGAAAGAUCAAUUGGAAAAUGACAAAGCAAAUAUCAAAUCUGCAAUUAAACGUUUCGACUAUUUAUUUAUCAAGUAUAAACUUGAUCAAUUAAAACAUUUAAAUCAGAUCUUUCGCGACGACAAUAUAAAAGGAGUUUAUGAUGAGUGUAUUAAAUAUAUAUGUGAACAUUUGUCGAAAGAAUAUGACGGAGCUAUUUCUAUUAUCAAUAAUUUCCCUGAGAGCAAAAUUAUUUUAACUGAUGAAAAUAUUAAAAACUACAAAACAUGUAUUGAUCAUGCUAAGCUUGCAGAACAAUUAAGAAAAACUCAUUUAGGAGAAAAAGUUGUUCAUUGGACUACAUUUAUAGAACAAUUGAAUAAUGUAUCCAAUGUUAGGUUAGAACAAAUACGAGAGAAAUAA